CUUGUUCCAGAUUCCUCUUUCCAUCCCAGCAUCUAUUGUCGGUGUCCCUCAACCAUUACCAGUGGUAGUCAUCAUUCGCUGCCUAGACUUUCUUUCACUUUUCAAAGCCUUUCGGCGGUUCUUCCAUAUUCACAAAAAUGCCUGACCACAGCACUGGAUCAAGCCCAUACAUCUCAGACGUGGAGACCUUGAACCACACGAGCGAGAAGACUGUCAACCCUGAGACCAAAGUCUCUCAGCCUCAUGGAUCUCCUAUCAUCAGCAACAAUGAACAUCAGGAAUUUGCUAAACUGGGCAUCCGCCAGCGGCUUAAGCAUUUCACCUGGGCCUGGUAUACUUUGACCAUGAGCGCAGGUGGAAUAGCACUUCUUCUUCACAACCAGCCGUAUCAGUUCAAGGGGCUGAGGGCGAUCGGCCUCGUGGUCUAUAUAGCCAAUCUCGUCUUCUUCACUAUUCUCGGCUCUCUCAUGGCUACCAGGUUCAUUCUAUACAACAACCUGAUGGACUCUCUACGUCAUGACCGGGAGGGUUUCUUCUUUCCGACCUUCUGGCUCUCCAUCGCCACUAUGAUCAGUGGCCUAGCCGCGUAUUUCUCUAACGAAACCACGCACCGGCUCAAUCACGCCCUUGAAGGCCUCUUCUGGGCGUAUUGCAUCUUCACCUUUGCCUCUGCAGUGAUUCAGUAUUCUUUUGUGUUCUCUUACCACACGUUUCCCUUGCCCACCAUGAUGCCAUCAUGGAUCUUGCCAGCAUUCCCUAUCAUGCUCAGUGGGACUAUUGCCUCUGCCGCCUCAAGCUAUCAACCUGCCGUGUCCGCUACGCCUAUGAUUACUGCCGGUGUCACAUUCCAGGGACUCGGAUUCUGCAUUAGUUUCAUGAUGUACGCCCACUACAUUGGACGUCUGAUGGAGGCGGGCGUUCCUUCAAGCGAACACCGACCGGGUAUGUUCAUCUGCGUUGGUCCGCCUGCUUUUACUCUUCUGGCUCUUGUUGGCAUGGCCAACGGGCUACCGGAGGGCUUCAGUAUUUUGGGCGACAGUGGCAUGGAUGAUCGUCAUACCAUGCGGGUGCUUGCCGUCUGCGUAGGAAUGUUUCUCUGGGCCCUCAGUGUUUGGUUCUUCUGCGUUGCUUUGGGUGCUGUCAUCCGCGCACCUCCCCACGAUUUCCACCUGAAUUGGUACGCUAUGGUCUUCCCUAACACCGGACUCACGCUUGCCACUAUCACCCUGGCAAAAUCUCUCGAUAGCACCGUGCUGAAAUGGGUGGGCGUGGGUAUGUCUCUCUGCGUUAUUUGCAUGUUCAUCUUCGUCUUCUUGAGUACGAUUCGGGCUGUCCUGAAGAAGAGCAUCAUGUGGCCCGGUCGGGACGAGGAUGUGUCCGAGCUGUUCGAAUGAAAACCUCUCUCCUCACCGAUGAUGUUUCGGCCUCUUUAUUGUCGGUUGUGUCCUUUGAAGCGAGUAUAUGCAUAUGCAUUGUUGAGCGCCUGUGAUUUAUGCUGUUUUUUCAUGCUUUCGACGUUCAUUUCUUUCUCCAAAUCUAGCAUCCUGUCUAUAGUCACGAUUAUCCAAUCAGUAUAUAGCAAUAUUGCAAUCUUCAUGCAUCUUCUACCAAGACUUGGCAGCUGGGAAUACUCGACCCCUAUCUUGAUAUUUUUGAACCGAGUUUGGACAGAGACAUU